GAAAAGGUUAAGCUUAAUGGGUCUUGAUGAUGCAUGUAAUACAUGCCUUGUUCUAGGGCUAGGCUUCCCAUCGUCCCCAGAAACUCCACCCAAGGCCAACGAUCAAACGUCCAACAAGCCACCGGCCAGGGCGGCUCCGACGAUGAGUUUUGAACCAUUCCUUACGCUUGGUAUUUCCGGUGAGAGCCACCGAGUUACUGUCACCAAAAAGGUUGAUGUGAACGAAGGUGGUUAUCAUGAUCAUCAUCGCCACCGUGAAGAACCUCCCACCUCCGCUUCCGCCGCCGCCGAUUUGUAUCGUCCAGCUUCUCCUGAUCCUAGCGCUGUUUCGUCGUUUUCUAGUUGUAGGGUCAAGAGGGAGAGAGACAGCGAAGAAGUACAAGUAGAGAAGAAUUCAUGUAGAGUUAGCGAAGAAGACGAAGAUGGCGUCAAUGCAAGAAAGAAACUUCGGCUCACCAAAGAACAAUCGGCUCUCCUCGAGGAAAGCUUUAAACAACACAACACCCUCAAUCCAAAUCAAAAGCAUGCUUUAGCAAGACAAUUGAACUUGAAACCGAGACAAAUUGAAGUCUGGUUUCAAAACAAAAGAGCCAGGACGAAGCUUAAGCAGACGGAGGUGGAUUGUGAGUUCUUGAAGAGGUGUUGUGAGACGCUGACAAACGAAAACAGAAGACUGCAAAAAGAAUUACAAGAACUCAAAGCACUGAAAAUGGCGGCGCGACCCUUUUACACGAACCUACCGGUGGCGACUCUCACUAUGUGCCCGUCGUGUGAGAGAAUCGGCGGCCAGGGGAAUCCCAAGAACCUGUUUUCCGGGCCUUCAGAUCCUCAUUUCUAUAAUAACGUCACUAAUCCUUCUGCAGCAUGUUAAUUAAUUUAAGCUAUUCAGAACGUAACAGCAAAAGAAAAUGAAUCAAAAGUAGUGUAAUUAAUUAAAUUUAGGCAACAAUAGUACAAAUACUGAUCAAUGUAAACGAUCA